AGGGGCAUUUCGGCUCGACGCGCUACUGGCCCAAGCGAGCCAUGGGCAUCCUGCGGCAGCUGAGCUUCUGGAAACGCGGCAACUCCAAGCUGGUGCCCUUCGACGAGCGAAGCGAAAGCCGAGUGCCCGAGGUGAAGGCGGACCUGAAGAGCGCCUUCAGCAGCUGUGACACACGCCUCGAGGUGCAGCGGUUUCGCACCUCGACUCCGGCUUCAAGUCCCUCAGAGUCGACCUGCUCCGGAGCCAGCGAGAGCCCAGCGGACGCGGAGGUCGAGCCCUCGGCCUCCGGAGAAAGCGCGGCCUUCUCGCCUUUCGACCUCGUCGACUUCAAUGCCUCACAGCAAGAGAUCUCUCGGGCUGUGGCACAUGAGUUUGGCGAAGAGGUCGCGAGUUCGCUGCAAUCCACGAAGUGGGACAAGCGCCUGCGAUCGCUGCAGUCGAUCUCCUCCAUGCUUGCGGGCCGCGAUUUGGAGGGUGGGAAGACCACGAAGAGCCGCACGGAGGACUUCUGGGAAGUUCCGGCCUGGCGCGCCAGCUGCCUGGUAUUGCACCAGGUGCUGCGGGACAAGGUGAUCCCGGUGAACUUAGCCGCGCUGGAGCUCUUCAGGGACACCUUCGAAGAUUUGGACGAAGCCGAGCCAGAGGUUCGCCACGCCGUGGGGGUGUUGAUCGACCAGGUGACGUCUCGGCUCGGGGACUCCAAUGUGCGUCUGCACGAAGCGGCGCGCCGGGACGUGGUCUUCGCGGCCCGGCUGCUGGGCUUGCCGGACCUGCUCCGGCGACUGCGCUCGCGCCUGGAGGAGGCCAAGGGAAACGAGCGCAACAAGGUGCACUUCGGAGUGCUCGACACGGUGUCUGCGCUGCUGCGGGCGGAGUCUGGUUGGGCAGUGGAGGACAUCACGGGCUUCAUCACUCUGGGCCUUGAGGAGACCUCGGGGCCCAGGAUCCGCAAAGCCGCCAUCUCGCUGGCGGAGACCGUGUACCGGCUGCGUGGCGCAGAGAGCGCGGAGGUGCUGUUUGCCAACCUGCGCUCCGCCAAGCGGAAUCUGCUGCGGCAGCGUUUUGAGGAGGUGGAUGAGGAGCAGCGGAGCGAGGAAGGCGGCGAGGAGCGCCCGGAUCUGGACGACUUCCUCUGCGCGGCGCCGAUCCGGGCCUUGGCUUCCGCUUCGGCUUCGGCUGCCCUGCCCGGCGCUGUGCCGCAAGGUGAGGAGGAGAGCCUCAUGGACGGCAUUCUCGAGGAGACCGGCCUGGUCUUCCAGGGAGCAGGCAUCGCCAACGAGCGCCGCGGGAGGAAGUCGGUGUCCUUCUGCCAGUUUCCGGACGAUGUUGUGGAAGUCGAGCAUGCGGUGGAUGAGGACCUCUUGGAGCACGAGGCCAGUUCCUUAGGCCUCACCGAUCUCGAAGAUGAGGAGGCCAUACUCCGAGAGAUUUUAAUGGACAGCGAGGAGGAGAGUGACUUUGACUGAGGAGGCUACGGCACCGUGCAAAAGGACGACGGGAUUUGGUCUCAGGUGCCCUGCGCUUCUCAAAAUUCACUUUUGCCGAUCUUAGAUGCGUCACCCUCUCCAAGAGAGCGGUCUAGAUGAUGCAGCCUGCGUAUUCCUUGCAGCAGUCCUCGAGCUCCCGGAGUUCUAUGCCCGCUGGGUCCCAGUGCAGAAAAUAUCCUUGCCAGUUGCCCAGUGGGUUGCUUGGGGCGGAUGAGCAAAUGGAAGAUGACUCUCCCGGCGGAAGCUAUGAACUUCAGUGGCUCUUUGGACAUGCGCGUGCCUAGCACAAGUUGGCUCGGCCGCCAGGGACCGAGGAGCCGAGAGUCAGGUGGUGUUUUUUCGCUUUUUGCGGCGAGGGC